CACAAUUUUUUUUUUUGUUUGUUUGAACAAUGAAUGAAGUCGAAUUUUGUUCUGUAAUUAACUGCAACGAUUUGACCACUAUCCUGUCUUUUUUACUUCUCUCUGUGUCCGAUUGUCCUUUUUCAUGGUUGUUUCCUGAUAUUUAAUGGCUGUUGUUCAAGGAAAUGGGUUGCUGUUCAUCUUUAAUUAUGAGAGUUGCCUUUUAAUUUAGUUUUCCAUGUAUUUAUCUUACUUUAUUAGCAUUGAUGGCUCUUUUUUGCUUUUGCUCGAGCGGAAGGUCCACACUGUGAAGCUGCCCGAGUGGCGCGUUUACGCCUGCUUGCUGAAGAGGGUUUGUUUUUUAAUACUCUGCUUUAAAGGGGUUGAAGAAGAAGAGGAGCUGUUGGUUCUAUUGGUUUGCUUGUGUGCAAUUUUUAUGAAGCUUCUGUGAAAUUUGGGGUUAUGGAAGCUGUUCUGCUUUGGGGCUUUUUCUUCUUUUUCUCUUGAAGCUAGAAGCGUAGAGCGAAGCCAAACAGCUUGAAAUCUGUUUGAUUUUGAGUGAUUUUGAAGGAAUUCUUGGGUUUCGAGGACUGAUUUUGCUUGUUUUUGAAAGAUAUUUGGUUUCAUAAGUGCUUCUGGUGGUUUUCUGAAUAGGGAUUCUUCCGUUUUGGUUCUAACACUUGUAUUUUUGAAGUUCAACUCUCUUGUGAAUGGGAACUGAUGGUACUGAAAAUGUUGAGGCAGCUUCAAAUGUCCAUUCCUUUAAGGUUCAUUGUAGAAUGUGCACCGAGUUAAUGAAAUUGGUUGACCGGGUGUCGGAGAUAUUACCGGAAAUUGAAGCAGCUCGGCCUGGAAGCCCGGAAGGUCGAGAGGCGCUGUGCAAUUUAAACAAUGGAAAGAUGAAAGCAGAGCUGCUUCUUCAGUAUUGUCGAGAGUCUAGUAAGCUUUAUCUGGCAUUAACUGGAGAUCGAAUCAUCUCUAGAUGUCAUAGAGUGAGGACUUUGUUGGAGCAUAGUUUGCGUAAAAUUAAGUACAUGGUUCCUGUGACAUUGGCUCGAAAGAUCUCUCAAAUGGCAGAUGAUCUUAGGGUUGCAAAGUUUAUCCUCGACUCAUCCGACGAAGAGGCUUGGAAGGCUUUGCGACAAUUGCUGAAGCUAGGUGCUUCGCCUCCAGAUGUAUUGGAAAAGUCGGAAAUCGCAACUCUUAAAAUUGCUGCUUUGAGGCUUAAUAUUUCAUCACCCAAGGAAAUGUUAUACGAGAAACGGUCCAUCAGAAAACUAUUAGAUGAUGUUGGUCACGGCGAUCCCCCGAAAAAGAAGAUUUUGACAUACCUUCUAUAUAUUUUGAAGAAGCAUGGGGAGUUGAUACUGCAAGAAAUCAGGGAAAACCAAGCUGAUAGUUCUAACAGUAAUGGUCAUGGGGAAAUUGAAGUUAAUGUGAAACAUGGAAAUAAUGCUUCCCAUGCUGAUAUGAUACUCAACAGGGCCAUUCCCCCUGAGGAAUUUAAGUGCCCCAUAUCAAUGAGAUUGAUGUAUGAUCCUGUUGUGAUCGCGUCUGGAGUGACAUAUGAGAAGGUGUGGAUUGAAAAGUGGUUUGAGGAGGGUCAUAAUACGUGCCCGCAUACCAAAAUGAAACUAACCGAUUUUUCGAUGAUUCCUAAUGUUGAUCUAAAGAAUGUAAUUGAUAAAUGGUGCAUAAAGUUUGGAGUCACAAUCCCGGAUCCAACUGUGGAACCAGAAUGCCCCGAGGUUUGGGAGAAUUCCAUUGCUAGCUUUGGAAGUUCGAUGAAUGAUAUUCGUCUACCCAUCGAUUUUAGCAAUAUGUCGCUUGGAGGUCUCGAUAAUAGUUACUAUCCAGAUUCAUUGAGGCUCAAUGGUGGCAAUGAAUUGGCUAUCAAGGCUGGGCAGAGUAAAGAUCAUGAUCUGCAAAGGUUUCAAUCCGAUUCAUAUGCUGAGGAAGCAGACUUGGAGUUUCCAUCUACCAUAAAUGAGCUUUCGUGGGAAUCGAAAUGCAAGAUUAUUAAAGAUAUGAAAGUUGUCAUUAACAAAAAAGGCGUCGGUCCGGCCUUAUCUGAAACCGUCGUGGAUCACCUUGCCUUAUUUUUAAAGGAUGCGUGUGAUCAGCAGGAUUCCAAGGCUCAGAAAAAUGGAGCUGAGCUAUUUCUUUCACUUGUGAGAAGAAGCAGGUCUAAUAGGCUGAUUGUACCUGAGAAGGUUCUGACAACAUUAGCUAGUUUAUUGAAUUCAGUUGUGACUUAUGAAGUUCUUGCCAUUUUAGAAGCGUUAUCUGGCCACCGUAAAUGCGGGUCUAAUUUUGUCACAUCUGGUGUCCUUGCUUCAAUAGCUAAGUAUCUCGACUCAGAGGUCGGAGACUUGCAAGAAUUUGCCAUUAAAACCUUUUACAAUCUAUCCUCAAACAGCGACAUCUGCUCCGACAUCGUUUCACUGGGGUGCAUCCCAAAACUAGUUCCCUUGCUAAAUUAUGAGAAUCUCUCAGGCAAAUGUAUAUUCAUUCUGAAAAAUUUGUGCCACACAGAAGACGCAAGGAUCUCUAUUGUUGAAACUAAUGGCUGCAUUAGCUCUAUUGCUCAAUGUCUCUGGCUAGGCAGUCUCGAAGACCAGGAGCAUGCCGUUACCAUCCUCCUUUCGCUAUGCUCGCAGCGAUUCGAGUAUUGUGAGUUAGUAAUGGAGGAAGGUGUUAUCCCCCCUCUUUCCAGUAUAACUAUGAAGGGUAGUGAAAAAGGAAAAGCGGGUGCCACCGAAUUACUCCGACUUCUAAGAGACUUUCAGGAUAAUGAGCAGCAAGAACCUUGUGUUUCUGAACCUCCAUACUCGUACGAACCCCCUUGCAACUCCGAGCAAGGGAAGCCGAGCAAGAAGUCUGGAUUUCUUGGAAUGAACAUAUCAAUCUUCUCGAAGCGCGGUCUUCUAAAGAAGAAGUAAGUUUCAUCUCUCCCUGAGCAUUUGUUUAUGACCUUGGCAAAGCUGUGUAAAACUGCAUAUUUAAGUGUAAGAAGUAGUGUCUAUAAUGAAUUCAGGUAUGUACAUUUGUUUACUGUAGGGAAGAGUUCAGAUAUUAAGUAGCUUUUAGCUUAUUAUUCAUUUGGCAGUGUAUUGAAACCUACUGAUGAAACCCCUUGGCUUUGAACUCUUAGUGUGUUGUAUUGUAAAUAAGUUUCAGAAGGCUAAGAGGCCUUUUGUUGGUCUCUUUUGUCUUGUAUGUUAGCCUCUCUUUGCGUA